AUGGCAUGCAAAAUUGAUAUCAAGGAGGCUUUUGAUACGCUGCGUUGGGAUUUCUUGCUCAAAGUUUUGCGGGUUGCUGGUUAUGUGGAUAACUUUGUAACUGUUGCCCUCGCUUUUGCUCAACAUUGUCAUCGUUUUCCCAAAGUUUUGUGGGGUUCUUGGAUUUGGGAAAACUAUAUUCCCAUUAAGCGAUCUCUUAUUUGCUGGCGGCUGCUGCACAAUCGUGUGCCAACGUUCGACCAUCUGCGGAGGCAGGGAUUUAUUGCUUCUUCCUAUUGCUGCUUUUGUUUUAGUGCAGAGGAGACUGUCGAUCAUAUCUUCUGGCAAUGCAGCGGUAUUAAGCCUAUAUGGCGUGAGUUCUUACAGUGGUUUAAUUUUCAAGAUUUCUCUUAUGAUAUACAUAGUUUUCUCGUGGCUGCUUGCAAUCGUGACACCAGUUCUCAGGUGCGGACUUUCUGGAAAAUUGGCAUUAUCACUCUUAUCAGGGUGAUCUGGACUCUUCGUAAUGCUUGUAUUUUCAAAGACAAAGUUUUCUAUGCCAAGCAUCUUCUUCAGAUUGUGUGCGUUGCUUUCAAAGAGGCUGCUCCUCCUCCUGUCAUUAUUAAUGUUUACUGGUGGCCCCCUGUUUCGCACUGGAUUAAAGUUAAUACGGAUGGCUCUCCUUUGGGAUCUCCGGGAAAGAUUGUUGCUGGCGGUGUUUUUAUAGAUAAGUUCGGUUGGGUUCGUGGCUGUUUUCAUUAUAAUGGUGGUACUGGCUUUGCGUUCGAAACUGAGCUUCUCGCGAUUAUCAUGGCAAUUCCAAUUGCUCAUAGUCGUGGUUGGUUCGAUCUUUGGGUUGAGUCUGAUUCCACUUAUAUUGUUGAUCUCCUUCAUACUCGUUCUACUCUUGUUCCUUGGAGAUUUAUUGCUUCUUGGAAUAAGAUUCUCGUGCUUCUUCAAGACUUUAACAUUCAGAUUUCCCAUAUCUAUCGUGAGGGUAACGUUCCGGCUGAUAUUAUGGCUAGUGAGAAUAUGACGGAGGGUUGGUGGCCGCAUAAAGUUGAGGAGAUUAAGAAGGCGGUUAGGUUGGAUAUGGCUACUAAUAGCCACGUUAGAUUGAAAGUAAAAUGA